AGCCUGCGAGCAAGAUCCUCGUGCAGAUGCAGGUCUCUGAGAGUGCGGUUGCUAUGGUGAUGUGAGCAGCAGGCCCAGGGUGGAGGCAGUCUUGUUUUUCUCAGAUAAGGCCCUUCGUAAGGGUGGGGAUUCCUCGUACAAGUUACUAACAGAAAUAAUUAAUGCAGUAACCUUUUUUUCCCCCCAUGGAUUGACGUCUGUAACAUACGUGACUCCUCAAUGUCAUUUACUUGUGUUUUUGAGAUGACAAGCCAGAAUUGCAAGGAGGUCAGUACUGUUGGUGUAUAAAGUUAGCAACAAAUCAAUCUAAAGAAGUGGACAUAAACUGGAGGAAGGAAUUACUGAGUGCAGAAUGAAGCAGGAGGAUGGGGCUAUGAGAAUGCAUUGAUUUUGAUCAUCUAACCUGAUACCGGCUUGACAGACAACCUGUUUACAGGCAACAUGCAGAAGCAGCUACAGACUUCGACGGGGACCGUCUCCUCCAAGCACACAGGCAGUGCUCCAGGAUCGCCGGCUUCUGCCAUCCGUGCUAAAUUGGACAAGCAAGCGCUGCCCUACAAGGAGCUGGCUGCAAUUCCCAAAGACAAGGCGAUUCUGGAGAUUGAGCGCCCAGAUCUGAUGAUCUUUGAACCACAUUACAGCUACAUGUAUGCAGACAGGCCAGAAGUCCAGGGCUCUGUGGAGCGCCAACAUUCUCCACGACCAAUGUCACCUCUCACCUACCCUGAGUACGUGAUGUACAAGGAGUGUCGGGAUUGGGCGGAUGAAAAGUCUCCAACAUCUUCGAUGGGAUCAGCAUGCAGUCGCCGUGGUUACAUGUCCACUGGGAGCCUCCCACAUCACUUCCACAGACCUGAUAUCGGCACCAACAUGUACAGAAAGCGGCCGAUCUACAAACAGAACGAGCCGUUACCUGCGCUUCCACAGAGCAAAUAUAUUGAGGAUAUCAUCAUUGAAUCGUCAAAGUUCCCAGCUGCUCAGCCUCCCGAUCCCAACGCUCCAGCCAAGAUCGAGACAGAGUACUGGCCGUGCCCUCCGUCGCUCGCGGUCGUGGAGAAAGAGUGGAGGAGAAGGAUUGCGUCAAAAGCCGACGAAGAGGAUGACGAGGAGGAAGACGAUGAAACUGAUGAAAUGAAAAAACUGCGGGAGAUUCAGAGGAAGGAGCUGAACAAGAUCCAGUCUGGCCUUGGGAAGUUGAUAUUGAAAGAGGAGCUGGAGAAGUCGAAACCACGGGGAAGGAAAUCUCGAUCGUUACCAGACAGAACCACCAGGAGUUUCUCCCCACAGGAAUCAGCUCCCAAGUCGCCCUCACUUCCCACCCAUGGCAGGAAUGGGCUCCACAGGCUGCAGUCUGCUGAGUUUUCCACGCCUCAUCGACCAUACAAGAGGAGCAGUGCAGGUAAGGAGCAUCAUUAAUGUGUACAGAACAGGAACCCAUGUCACAGCCCACCAACC